AUGCUUUUUGCAAAACAGUUCAGCUGUUUUGAGAACCUGCGGAAUCUGGUUUUAUCACUGAAUUUAAUUUCACACAUUGAGGACUUUGCUUUCCAGGGAUUGACCAAUCUGGAGCUCUUAGACAUUACAAAAAAUAAGAUGACACAGAUGCAUGCAAACAUGUUUACUGGUUUACAUAGUUUGACAUUGUUAGACCUGAGGAACAAUCCACUGAUUCACACUAUUGAGGCAAUGUCUUUCACACACCUCAUGUGUUUCUGGGGGACUUGAACUUUCCACCAACAGAACCUGGGAUCAAGCUGAAUCUGACACACGUAUUUGGCGACAUUCUGAGUCAGCUGACUCAUCUGUACAUUAGUUCAGGUAUGAGGCCAAUGCAGUUGAUUAUUGGCAGUAAAGUCACAUCCAAACACAAUCUGAGUCUCCAGAUCAAAGGCCAGACGGUGUCAUUUGAGGACUGUGACAGACCCUUCUUUGCGUCUGUAAUUUAUCUUAAUGCUGAAGAAUUCCUUUGUGGAUCUGAAUGUAUGGGAAAGUACUUCCGAUCUGUGGAUACAUUUGAGUACAGAUCUAAGCUUUCAGCUAAAAGUGUUGAUUUAACGUCUAUUAAUCAGCUGAUUCACCUGAGAAAACUGACUAAUACAGGUGGAUCUUUCAAAACAGCGUACUGCCAACAUUCUUUUUCACAACCUGACCAAACUGAACAUUCUGAAACCUUCAAACUGCAGGAUUGA